GCCACCCCACAGACUGUGUGCCUGGAGGAGCAACUCAGAGGCACCUCUGCAGACACAUUUAUACCCACUUUUAAUUAUAUGCAAAUUAAGUGGCAGAUUAUGCAGAAAUUUCUAGGAAAAGAGUGGCAACUUCCGGAUCACUGGGUCAUGGCCAUGGAAAGGGGCAGGGUGUUGCCAUGGAGUGUUGCCAUGGCAGUGGCAAACUGACAUGGCACAAUGAUAGGUGUGUCUCAAGGAAAGUUGCUUCCACCCAACCCGUUUUGGCUAGUUCUCAGUUUGGUCCAGUGUUCAAGCCCCACCUUUGGAGUCGAGUCCCGCCUCCUACCUCAGAACCACCACCAUAAUCAGGAUUUAGAAUGUGUCACCCCAGAAAGUUUUUUCAUGCCCCUGGCCCCUUGCUUUCAAUCUCCUACAGCUCCUGACGUGGAAUGUAUGCCCUGCAGACUGGUCUUUUUCCUGAGAGCUGAGAUGUCCUGUCCUAAGAACAGAGCCUGGCACGUGUCGGACAACUGUGGAGGGAACUGAUGAGUGAAAGAGAGAAUGGAGAAAUGAAUGAAUCAGCAUAAGCCCCACAGGGACGAAGACUGUAACUGGAGCACCCUUUCAUCCCCACUGCUGGACACAGGGUGGGGAACACUAAAUGUGCACUAUGCAUUGUUUAUCGAAACAGGCUCUACAUCAAAAUAAAAAACAAAAC